AUGGAAGAUUUUGUUCAAAGGUGUCAUGGAGAAAGUCGUCAAGCAAGGGCCUCCAGGGCAGAGCCAGACGAAGAUUGCUAUGAAGAGGGCAUGCGUGUACCAGUGUCGGUCUUGAACGGGUGUGGAGACUCUUUCAUCGCUGCAGACGAAAAGCGAGAGAAGGCAAGAGAAAAACAACACUAUGCACUUGCUCUAUUGGACCGGUUGUUUAAACAUCUCCCUGCUCAGAUGACCAUCGGGCUUCUAUAUGACAUUGGAUGCCAGCUCGAACGGAGCUGUUGCAAGUGGAAGUUUAUGGACAACUCUAUUCUAUCUCGCAUUGCAUUUGCUGUUGCCGUAUUCCAUGCCUAUGGUCACCAGUGGCCUUGUCAGAUCGUGUACCACCCCAGGAAGCGAGAAGGAUUUGGACUUUUCCUCAAGCCUCUCAUCCCCUCCUUGCGUGUUUCUGGGUUUAAUCAGCGGCUUUUCAUCCUCGACACACAAAUUUGUCAUCUGGACUCAAAAUCAUUACAAGGGUUUGGACAUUGGCUCCAUCAGUGCUGGAUCCACUGUCAAACAAAGAAAAACGGUGCACUGGACAGUCUACAUGACUUACAGGUGGACGAACAUAUGCUUCGUGUAGAAUGGAAGGCUCAGGUUGAUCACCAGACAAAACCCGCACCACGACAAUCUAGAAACAAGGUGGUGGAGGUGAUUACUACCGUCCUAGCACUGGAAAAGACCCUAGAAGCUCAGGAGGCUUCUAUCCGUGAGCUCAAGAUGCAGCUCCAUGUGAAAACUGCUGACUCUCUCCGACGACAUCGAGCUGCGCUUGGAACAGAGGACAAGGUCAACCUGGAGAAGAUGAAGAAGGAUGUUUAUCUUAUGGUUUGCUUGAAUGCCCUUGCAGUCAAAACUCGUAUUCGCAACCGCCUUCGUCAAUGCAAGUUUGAGUUGGAGAGACUUGAGAGAUCGUAUAGAGCAACAAUCAAUGGUGCGUUGACGAUUUGA